AUGACGACCCCCUUCACCACCAUCCCCAAUGAGAUGGACCGCAGCUUCCUCGAUGCCGACGUCCAUGACAUCGUCUCCAAGCUCACGAUCGACGAGAAGAUCGACCUGCUUGCCGGCCGUUCAUUCUGGGAGACUGUGGCCAUUCCCCGCCUGAAUGUGCCCAGUAUCAAGGUUACUGACGGACCGAACGGUGCGCGCGGUGGCUCGUUCUGGAAGAUGACCAAGGCGACUGCGCUCCCGAACGAGACGGCCAUGGCGGCGACCUUCUGCACCGAGCUCAUCGAGGAUACGGGCAAGCUCAUGGCGGAGGAGACCAAGGCGCGCGGUGCUGUCUGCCUCCUUGCGCCUACUAUCAACAUCCAGCGCUCGCCCCUUGGCGGUCGCGCGUUCGAGUCCUUCUCCGAGGACCCCACGCUCGCUGGCGAACUUGCUGGUGCAAUCGUCCGCGGCCUGCAGAGCGGCGGCAUCUCGCCCGCGAUCAAGCACUUCGUCGCCAACGACCAGGAGCACGAGCGCAGCGGCAAUGACGCCAUCAUCGCGCCCCGUCCUCUGCGUGAUGUCUAUCUGCGCCCGUUCCAGAUUGCGCAGAAGCGCGCCCAGCCUUGGGCAUACAUGACGAGCUACAACAAGCUGAACGGCACGCACUGCUCGGAGAACGAGUGGCUGAUCACGGAUCUCCUGCGCAAGGAGUGGGGCUUUGACGGUCUCGUCAUGAGCGACUGGUUCGGCGUGUACUCGGUCAGCGACUCCAUCAAUGCCGGUCUCGACCUCGAGAUGCCCGGCCCCACCAUCUGGCGCCAGAAGGGUAUGGUCAAGCACCUCAUUGGCGCGCACAAGAUCGAUCCCCGCACCAUCGAUGCCCGUGUCACGACCGUCCUCACCUGGGUCCAGAAGCUCGCCAAGCUUCACCCUGACAUUGUCUACGCGCCUCCCAAGACGAUGGAGAAGUCGCGUGACUCGGAGGAGGAGAAGGCGUCCGACGCCAAGUUUGCGCGCCAGCUCGCGGGCGAGGGCUGCGUGCUCCUCAAGAACGACGACGCCCUCCCCAUCAAGAAGGGCAAGAUUGCCGUCAUCGGCCCCAACGCCAAGGCCGCCGUCAUCACUGGUGGUGGCAGCGCCCUGCUCCGCGCCGGCUGGGCGGUGACGCCCUGGGACGGGCUGAAGAACAAUGCGCCUGAGGGCGUCGAACUCGCGUACGAGCUCGGCUGUAUUGGGGAGAAGUUCCUCCCCGUCCUCGACGAGCAGUUCACGACCAUGGACGACAAGCCCGGGUUCGACCUCGUGUUCCAUCCUAUCGAGAAGGGCGAGGUCGUGACCGACCCCAAGCGCGAGGUGCGCGAGUGGUGGGACGUGUCUAGCAUGCACCUCGCCGACUUUGGGCACCGCAACCUCGGCGAGCACUUCACCACCGAGCUGCACGCCAAGUUCAACCCAAAGGAGAGCGGGACGUACGAGUUUGGUGCCGUCGUCACGGGUCACGGAUGGGUGUACGUCAACGACGACCUCGUCAUUGAUCUCUCCAAGAAGACGCCCAAGGGCAGCGCGUUCUUUAACAACGGCACCAUCGAGACGUACAACCUGCGCUUCGUGCACGACUCGCGCCCUCCCCCCGAUGUUGCGGGCACUCCCCUCGUCAUUACCGGUUUACGUAUCGGUGCGCGCAAGAAGAUUGACCCCGACGCGGCGAUUGCGGCGGCCGAAAAGCUCGCGAAGGAGUGCGACGGCGUUGUUGUCGUCGCCGGUCUGAACGCAGACUGGGAGUCCGAGUCGUAUGACCGCCCCGACCUGUCGCUGCCGUAUCGUGAGGCGGAGCUGAUCUCGCGCAUCGCCAAGGCGAACGCGAACACGACUGUCGUUAUCCAGUCCGGCUCGGCGGUCGAGAAGCCCUGGAUCGACGACGUCAAGGCGGUCGUGCAGGCCUGGUACGGCGGCAACGAGACGGGCAACGCGAUCGCGGACGUGAUCUACGGUGCGCGCAGCCCCAGCGGCCGUCUGCCGCUCUCCUUCCCUAAGCGCGUGGAGGACAUUGCAGCGCACAACAACUACAAGUCGGCGCGCACGCGCACCGAGUACAACGAGGGCAUCUGGGUCGGGUACAAGCACCACAAUGCGCGCAAGAUUCCCGCACUCUUCCCCUUCGGCCAUGGACUCAGCUACACCGCGUUUGAAUACUCUGACCUCGCCGUGCAGGCGUCGGGCGAGCGCGACGAGUGGCGCCUCAAGGCCAGCGUCAAGGUUACGAACACGGGAGAGAUCGAGGGCGACCACAGCGUCCACUUCUACACUGCGCCCCCGCCCCCCACCGCCACGUCCGAGGCGCACCCCGAGGUCUCGCUGCAGGCGUUCAAGAAGGUGCGCGGGCUCAAGCCGGGAGAGAGCAAGACGGUCGAGGUCGAGAUGGACAAGUGUGAGUUUACAGCUAAAGCUCGCGACAAGAAGCUGACAACAGACGCCGUCUCGCACUGGGACACGCUCGACGGCAACUUCCGCGUCGAGCCCGGCAAGUGGGCGGUCGAGGUGCGUCCCGAUGCCGCGACGCCCGGCCCCCAUGCCGAGUUCGAGUGCAAGGAGUGGUCGUGGCGCGGUCUCUAG